CACUGACAAUUUGCUAAUGUGCACCACUAGCUACAAAAUAAUGGGUUUGACGUUGUAAAUACUACAAUGUCUGUCUUUAACCUUAACGUUCUGAACAAUAAAUUUAAUGUAAGCUCUUAACUUUGUGUAUCGAUGCACGGCAGGAUAGCUGUUUAACCCUACUUCAGUCGUUAGCGUUGAGGGACUGCAACGAGCAAUGACUGCUGGAGGGAACAGCCGUCAUCUUGGGCCAUGUUCGCUGGUGCUCGCCAUCAUUCUCCUAAUUUUGACCGACUGUAUGGUGAAAACAACCUCUGGACAUGACCCUUAUAAAAUCCUGGGUGUCAGCAGGAGUGCCAGUCAGGCAGAAAUAAAAAAGGCAUACAAGAACCUUGCCAAAGAAUGGCAUCCAGAUAAAAAUAAAGACCCCACCGCAGAGGAUAUGUUCAUUAAGAUUUCGAAGUCAUAUGAGAUUUUGUCCAAUGAGGAGCGAAGGGCCAAUUUUGACCGCUACGGGCAGAUGGAUGACAACCAGCCAUUUGGCCAGUCUCAGCAUCACGGCUUCCGAAGCUUCCGUAAUGGCUUCUACUUUGAUGAGUCUUUUUUUCAUUUUCCCAGGUCCAGGGAUUUUGCAGACAGCAAAUACCUGCUUCACCACGCUCAGUUUAACAGCGAUGUCCUUCCAGACAGCUACAAGAGGCCCUACCUCAUCAAAGUGACCUCGGAGUGGUGCUUUGCGUGCAUCCACAUCGAGCCUGUGUGGAAGGACAUUGUGCAGGACUUGGAGCCACUGGGUGUGGGCAUUGGGAUUGUCGAUCUGGGUUAUGAACGUCGUCUGGCCAACCAACUGGGAGCUCACCGCGCUCCUUCCAUCAUCGGACUGGUUAAUGGCAGAGUGACCUUCUUCCAUCAGGCCAUUGUUCGAGAGUACCUGCGACAGUUUAUUGAGGACCUCCUGCCCCCGAAGCUAGUGGAAAAGAUUACUGAUGACAACUACCUGCAGUUUCUGGAUAGCUGGCAUGUUGAAAAUAAGCCUAGUGUUCUUUUGUUUGACCAAGUUGCCAAUGUUCCUCUUGUCUACAAGUUAACAGCAUUUGCAUUCAGAGACUAUGUUCAUUUUGGCUACGUGGACCAAGGCGACACACAUAAUAUCCAGCUCCUGCGGCAGUUCCACAUAAACUCGUACGCCCCCACCAUGCUGCUAUUUAAAGAAGACACUGAAAAUCCAGUGGACAUCAUCCAGGCUAGAGGAAUGAAGCGGCAGAUCAUGGACGAGUUUGUUUCCAACAACAAGUUCCUGCAGGUUCCCCGUUUGGUCAACCAGCAGCUGUUUGAUGAGCUGUGCCCUGUUAAGCAAUUCCACCGACGAAGGAAAUACUGUGUGCUGCUAAUCACCAGUGAGGACCAAGCUUUUCUUCCUGGAAAUAAGGCCUUCUUGGACUUUGCCACAGCUAAUAGAAAAGAGGUGCUGCGGUUUGCAUAUGUCUACCAGAGUCAGCAGCAGCCUCUCUGCCAGGCUCUGCUUCCCAACCAGGCCGUACUCUCCCCCCAGGUGUUGAUUCUUGAGAGGCGCAGCCCGUCUGGCAAGGUGCUGUACCGCUCUGUAAUUGGUGGCUGGAAUGGCAGUGAGGAGGAAAAGUACUGCCUCCAUGAGCAUCUGGAGCUUGUUCAGAAGGACCCCACAUAUCUGACCUCUGACGCCAUCCUGCCAGAGCUCAACAACGAGAUGGCCCCUAUUUUUCUCAUUCAGUGGAUGAAUACUGCCUAUGAUUACAUCCUUCAAGUUUAUGACGACCUUCUCUACUCCAAUUGGCGAGAGAUGAUGCCCAUCCUGUCAUUGAUCUUCUCAGCUCUCUUCAUUCUUUUUGGGACUGUCAUCAUCCAGGCCUUCAGUGAACCAAGUGAGAGCGAACCCCGGAAACAAGCACAAAAGGAGCAACCUCAAACUGAGCAGGAUGCAUCAAACAGAGCCAAUACCUCAAGCCGUCCUCCCAAGAAGGAUUUUGUGGAGGUCACAGAGCUGACAGACGUCACGUACACCAGUAACUUGGUCAAGCUGAGGCCCGGCCAUAUCAACGUUGUUCUGGUGCUGACCAAUGCGUCAAAGAACGCGCUGCUCCGUAAAUUUGCCAAGGAGGUCUUUUCUUUCUCAGGAACUCAGACCAUCCACUUCUCCUUCCUCAACGCUGACAAGCAUCAUCACUGGAUGCCGACUCUCCUCCACUCAGCUGCGGACACUGCAAGCAGUGGUUGCCAUUCUGAUGAGGAUGAGGAUUCUUCAGACUACACCGGUCAUGUCUUGGCCCUUAAUGGCUACAAAAAAUACUUUUGCCACUUUAGGCCGGUCUUCACCGGAGAUGACCCUCGCGAUGCCUCGUCCGUCUCAGAGACCUCACUUUCUGAGAGCAGGAGAAAGUCCCGGUCAAGGUCAAGGUCCAGCUCAGACUCUCGCUCCCGAUCCCAUUCCAGAGAAAAUGUGGCCGGCUCCAAGAGAGGCACCAGUAGGGCCACAAGCAUCGAGGUACACCACAAAUUAGACCGGCUGGGACUGUGGAUGGAGAGGCUGAUGGAGGGUACUCUGCCUAGGAGACAGGUCCCUUCCUGGCCUUUCCUCCAUGAUGCCGAUAACCUCGCCACGGAGAGCUGAAGUCGGCGUUGCUAUGGUAGCGGUCACCCUUAGUGGUCUGGCUUUCUUAUGAAGUUAACUCCAGUACAGGCAUUUUUUUUUUAUUUAUUAUUUAAGUUUUCUUUGUGCCUGUUCAGAGCUGGCCUUGGCUUGAAUCCUGUGAGCAUUUCAUACAUUUUGGACGCUUUGAUUUGCAUGCAGUGAAGACACGGUUGUUUUUGUGGCACACCAGGCACAGUAAGUGAAUUGUCCAACCAGAUAAUAUCUUAAGACGGCUUCAAAGUGACGGGAUCAUCCAGGACACAUGCUAAUGCCACGUCUGAACAAGCCUUUUGGCAUAAGUAGGUUUCAGCACUGAGCUAUUGCAUUUAUUGUUCACAAAGACCAUCACAGGUCUUAGAAUGCUUAAUUGUGCAUGUUAAUGAGCUGUGGUUGAACGUCUCAACAUGUUUAGAGGUAAAUGCAAAUUCUAACCUGCAUGACACCUCUUCGUGAACAUCGGAAGGCACAGCUGGAAGGGAUAUUAACACUAGUUAACCAUUUGAAGCCUUAACUCUCAAACCAGUAAAACAUUUACUUUAUUAUAAAGCAUGGAAUAAGAAGCUCAAUCACAAACAAGUGUAUAGUUAACUUGCACUGGAUACUUCUUGUUUGACCCCUUUAUCUCAUCUCUUUAUUCUAUAAUGAAAUAAUUAGCUGCUGAAAAAUAAUAAUAAUGAUAAUUGCAAUUACACUGUAACUCAUAUUUUUGUUGUUCAUGGCAUUUGAUUAUAUCUAGUGCUCUUUGCAAACUUUAUUUAUUAAAGUGUGUGCAUAUUGUUUUGAUAUUUGUCCUUUAUUCUAUUAUAAACUAAUAAAUGUUUGUUUCUGUAAUCCAUGCUUCAAUGUAUUAAUGCAAAUCCAGUAAUAAUAGCUGUUUAAAUAUAAAAAAAAGUAAUUAUUAAUAAGCAAUCAGCACUAGAGAUAAAUAUAUUCUGAAAAAUAUAGCCACAAUAAAAUACAAGGACCUAUUCAACAACUGUAGUGCAAAGUUUGUACUAUGAAAACGUAUCAACAGUUGCGGUAAUUGCACUUUAAGUUAUAUUGUAGUCUCAGCAAACAUCGGGCAUGUCCAGGACUUUCUUCAUAGCCAGGUCUUCAGGGCCGAACGAGACUGGGAGUAGCUGGCUGACGGUCAUUUUUGUGUACGCGCCAUCAGGCUUUGACAGGUAAACGUCCCAGCUGGACCCAAACUGCACAAAUACAAAACCUCAAAAAUUCAGUUUUGCAAAUAUAAUGUUGUAUGAUUGACACCCCCCAACAGGUAAAUAGUAAGUAUUUACCUGUAAUACAUUUUUGCCCUCGUCUGUCAAAAUUGACCAUUAUUAUCUAUGUAAAAGGAACAUUUUUGAUGUAGCUGUAGUGCACUGGUUAUACCUCUCUCAUGAACUGCCUGCAGCCGCCGCAUGGAGAGAUGAACUGGUCACACAGGUCACUACAAUAGCAGAUAAAACAUGCAACGAUCAUGCAAUAAACAUGUAGCCUCACAUGCUAUGUUUUUACAGUACGUUUUUGUCUACAGGGGAAGACAAGGAGGGUAACAGUCUUGUUUUAUUCCUACCUGGCGAUUGCAAUGGCCUUGAAUGCACAGUAGCCUUCAGACACAGCCUUUGAAAUGGCAUUCCUCUCUGCACACACUCCCAGGUUGUAAGAUGCAUUCUCCACAUUGCAGCCUGCAGGGGAAAAUGGUAUUUUAGUGAUUACGCCCCACCAGUACAGUAGAAAUACCGUAAUAACACUCAGUGUAACCCUCCGAAAACCUGCGCAUUGAAUGCCUCCAUGUGUGGUAUUGAUCAAUGCUUGACUGUAGCCAGGAAGUGUCUUUCCAACAAUUUGAUACAACUGUACCGCUUUUUUUUACGCAGUGCGUCAUCUCCGAAACCCAAUUAUCGGCACUUCUUAAAAGUGACGUUGUCGGCAGGAUUCGAACCUGCGCGGGGAGACCCCAAUGGAUUUCUAGUCCAUCGCCUUAACCACUCGGCCACGACAACCUGAACUUAGUAGUCCGUAAUUGAGUUGUCCCCCAAACUAUAAUGCCCGUCUUAGAAAAAAUAAAGUCAAGUUCUAUAUACAGGUUGGAUUUUUGUUUUAGAUGAUUAAUAUUUUCACCUUAGUUCCUGCUUUAUGCUUUUAUUUUGUUGUCUUAGUUUCCUGUUUUGGUUCGUCCACGUGCUUUCUGUCAUGUUUAUGUACUACACGAGGCGCUAUACCCUCGAAAACUGUAUAUUGUACAGUAUACAGUAGAACCUUGGUUUCCCUCAUUACCUAUGGACAAUUUAGAGUUACCAAUUAACCUAACCUACUUAUGAAUGUUUUUGGAAUGUGGAAUACUCGGAACGGGAGCAUGCAAACUUUAAAGAGUAGCAAUAGACUAACAAUAAAAUAUAAACACACCCUCCUCUUUUAUCCAGGCUUACUGAAGAUUAAGAAACAUUUGUGUUUUAGAUCUGGCUGUGUAAAACAGGGCGAGCUCCACCCCCGCGGCUUCGUGACUCAGAAGCUGACUGUACACUGCCGGCUUGUGACUGCCUUUGAGCGGGCGGACCUGUCAACAGCAACCGCCGUUGCUCAUUGACAACACAAAAUGCAGAACAAUACGUGCUUUCACGUUUGAGUCCCCAAAUAUCAGGAAACUCCCCAACCACGCCAGAAAAAGUCGCUAAAUUUGUCGCUAGUCGCUUUUGAGAAGAUAUGUCAUCAAGAGGGGUUGGAAUGUCAUGUUAGUCACGUUUGUUGUCAAAUAAAUUAGAUUUUUACAAAGGUUCACUUCAAAUUGGGACAAAUAUUGACAUUUAUUUGUUCAACCUGUUCUUUGAAACCAUGAGUGGUAGCACAACUACCUGUUUUACUGUGCAUAUGACAUUAAAAAC